AUGCUGAACAGUAUUCAAGUUCACUCCCCCAAAAAAAUUGUUAAGCUGGACAAUGAAGAUGGAAGAAAAAAUAAAGAAAAUGAAAAAGAAGAAUAUUUAAUAACAGACUUGGCAGGAAAUAAUAAAAAUAUGCCUAGUCUUAUUAUAAGAAUACCAAGUAAUAUAAAUAAAUUUUUAAGUAAAGAAGAAGUAAAAAUAAAAUAUGAUAAAAAUAUAUCAUUACCUACUGAUAACUUAAAUAAUGGAUUAAGUUCAUUUAAAAUUGAUUCAUCCCCAUUUACAUUUCAUGAAGAUUCCUAUUCAACCUUCGACCCAAAGAUCGAUCUUACAUAUCCGUCAGACACAAACAUUAGUUUUGGUUCUUCAACUAUUGGUAGUAAUUUAAUUAGAAAUAUGGAACUAAAAAAUGAUAUAUAUAUUGAUAAUACUUUGAAUAUUAUAAAUAAUGAAGAUAAUUAUGACAAUGAUGAAUUUCUAUUAAAAGAUUUUAAAAAAAAUUAUGUGGAAAAAUAUGAAGCAAAUGCAUGCAAUGAUAGCAUAGAAUUUUUAAGAGAACAUACAAAAAAGGAAUUAGAACAUUUUUUGAAAAAUAAAAAACAUAAUAUUUGUGAUGAAAUGAAAAUAAACGAUAUUAUUAAUAUUGACUAUGAUAAAAUUAAUGAAAAAAAUAUCAUUCCAUAUUUUCUCACUAAUAUGUUUGAUCAGGAACAAAAAAAAAAAAGAGAAAAAAUGAAGUUACAACUUGAACAUCAGAGAAAAAUUAUGAUGGAAAAGAAAAGAAAUGAAAGAGUUAAUAAAAAAAAUAUGAACAAAGAAACUAGGUUAAAAAAAAAAAUGACCAAAAAUCGAAAUUUAAAAGAAGAAGAAACUGAAAAUUUGAAAGAAAAGACAAAAACAAAAGGAACAGACUCAGAAAUAAGCGAAGAAGAAGAAGAAGAAGACAGUGAAGAUUAUGAUAACUAUAUAGAUGAAUCUGAUAAAGAACUUGAUAUAAAUAUUUACAAUGAUCCAACAAAAUAUGGUAUUGAAGGAAGUAGUGAUUAUUCUGAAGGAAUGAAAAGUGAAGGAGAUAAUUCACAAGAUGAUGAGAAUCCAACAAAUGAUCAAUCAAAUAAUACAAAUUUAAAAAAUAAAAAAAGUAAAAAACAACAAAAAAAUGAAAACUCUAAUAAUUAUGAUGAGGAAGAUGAUGAAACAAAUGAAACUUCCAAUACAGGUGCAAAAAAAGGAAGAUCGAAAAAAAACGAAAACAUUGAAGACAUUGUAGAUAGCUCUAUUCAAAAAUUAAUAUCCUAUGAUUAUUAUUCAAGUUUAAAUAUAAAAGAAACAAUAAAACCAAGUGAUAAAAUAAAAUCUUUAUCUGCAUUUAUUCCAACAGAUGAAAAUUUAGAUAAUUAUGAUCAAAUAAAAAAAUUAAAAUAUUUAAUAAAUAAUUUACCUCAUACUCAUAUUAAAGAAAAAAGAUCACUAUACCAUUAUAAUAUUAAACAGUUCAUUAAAUGGAAAGUCUAUUUAUUAAAUAAUAUAAAUAUAUGUUUAUAUGGUAUAGGCUCAAAAUAUCAUUUGCUAAAUCUUUUUUCUGAUAUUUGUUUAAAUGAUGGAAAUAAAUGUAUUAUAUUAGGAUUUGAAGAAGAAAUAAAUUUAGAAGAAAUUAUUAUACGUAUAUUAGAAUAUCAUUAUAAACACAAAACAACAAAAAAAUUAAAAUCAUUUGAAUUGUUAUAUGAAUUAACAGAGAAAGUUAAUGAAUCAAAUAUUCCACUUUAUUUUGUUAUACACAAUUUAGAUAAUGCUAAAUUAUACCCAUAUUAUGAUUGCUUUUCUUUUUUAAGCCAAUAUAAUAAUAUCUAUUUUAUAUGUACUAUUGAUGAUGUCUCAUUUGAGCUAAAUAUUAAUUUUAAAAAUGUAAGUUCCAUUAAUUUCCAUUAUAUGAAAUGUCACACAUGGAUAGAUUAUAGACAUGAAAUUUUAAGACAGUGGAAUAAGUUUUUACCUGAAUGGGUUUUUAAUAAAAAAUGUGAACAAGUAGAUGUAAAAAAAAAUAUUGAAACUAUCCUUAGUGCAUUAAGUAUUAACCAUAAAAGAUUGUUUAAAAUCAUUGCAUCUAUGCAAUUAGAAAAUUUAGAAAAAGGAAUAUUUGGAGUCGAAAAAGAAUUAUUAUUGCAAGAUAAACGAGUCUUUACUGUAGGUGCAUCUAGCAUCAGAAUUAAUUCACUUCUUGUUGAAUUUGUUUCACAUAAUGUUAUAACUGAAACCAGACUUAAAGAAGGAAACACAUUCUUAAAAAUUAAUGUAGAUAAUGAUGAACUGAAACGAAUUGUAGAUACAUUACAAUAG